CCAAUUCACAGGUGAGUUUCCUGACGUCAUACAGGAAGUAGCCAGAGGGACGUUGGAGUUUCUGCUUCUGUGUUGUUGAACAGUUGCUCGAAAAUAACGGGUCAUUCAUCUAUUCAAAGGAAAACGCCUGUAGCAGCGGAGAGAUGUGCACUUUUGAUAAGGAGAAAGGGCCAAUGAGGCUGAUGAAAAAGGGAUUGACUCUCAUCCUGGUCGGCCAUAUUAACUUCAUCCUUGGGGCUAUUGUCCAUGGCAAUGUCCUCCGCCACAUUUCCAAACCCGGCAAGCACAUCACCACUGAAUACACUGUAGCCAACAUCAUCUCUGUCACCUCUGGCCUGCUGAGCAUUAUCUGUGGAAUUAUUGCCAUUGUGGUGUCAAGGAAUCUUCAUGUGUUAAAACUGCAAAUAGGACUUCUAAUUGCGUCCUUCCUGAACACCCUGCUCUCAGCAGCAUGCUGCAUUGGGCUCAUCUUGGCCAUUAGUAUCACUGUUUCCCACAAUGGUGAGGGUUUGAUGCUGGGAUGCAAUGACACAGAGAUUCCCAUUAACGCUCGGUCACCUGUCAGUGCCAGGUGCCCGUUUGAUACAACACGAAUCUAUGACACAACUCUGGCGAUGUGGAUCCCUUGUGCGGUCUUGGCAGCAGUUGAGGCUGGACUGUCUGUCUGGUGCUUCAUCGUUGGAUUGGUUCUCAGAGGGCUGGCACCCUGUUGGAACAGCUACAUCAAAGAGCAGUUGGAGGAAGAAGCUCCACACAGCCAACGCCUGAUUGGACAGCGCUUGAACCCUGACGUCUAGGUACAAGAAAAAGCAGGAAGAACACCACUCCAUGUAGACGAGCACAGCUAAAUCCCAAGAUGCAUUUUGUAUUGAGACCAGUAGAUGUUUGCCCUACAGUCAGCUAAAUGAGUGUCACUGUGGAACAGGAGCACAAUCAGAAUUAAGAAACGGGUUCUUGCUUUGUGGUGUCACAGCCACAUACCCCGAUUCACAGAUGUGUUACCAAAUGGCUCUUUUUGUUUUCAUUUAUAAACCAAACAGUUUUAUCUUGUGUGUGUGAAGCUGUGAGCGGAGAACAGUACAGUAUAUUGUGACUUAGCAUAUAUGUACGUGGACGCUAACAUUAUAAAUGUAGUCUGUAUCCAUCCAUGACUGUUUAGGUUUAAUCGUACCAAAUAUGUCAUGUCUUUCAGUAUGAAGAAACCUCUGUUUAUGAAGAAAAUACAUUUAUACAUCUAGCAAAACUAUUUUAUAUUAUUUUAGCUUAACAUGUUAAUGUUUUUAAUAUUUUACUGUUUGUCCAAAACACUCCAGCAACAAACCCUACCUGUCAAUGUUUGCCCACGUACAAGUUUAAUGCCCACAAAUAAUGAUGUUUCAUGCUAUCUGUUUAUGCAUAUUGUUAAAUUGUUUUUGUGGAAUCCUAUGGUGUGGUGUGAUUGCUCUAAAAAACUGUCUAAUUGCAAAUGAACUCUAUGCAGAUACAGUAUAUGGUUUUAAAUGAAAUUGGACAUGCUAAAUUGCACUUCUUAUUAGAUAAUUAGACAACUGCAGCUAGUGACAUGUUCCACAUUAGAGUUUCCACUGUGGCUUAAUGUUGCAGGUAAACCAUUUACUAGUUGAACACACCACAUUUUAUUUUUUAUUUUACAAUAUUGUAGUUUUAAUUUUUUAUUUCCUCUGUGCCAAAAUGACAAGAAAAUGGAGAAACUGAAAAAGACCCAGAGUUACAGUAUGUCUCAUCAGCUACAGUUCAGUGCCAUGGGGAUAUUAAAAGGAUGUUUUAGGAAAGAUGGUCUAAAUUGAAAGUAAUCUGGAUUCCAGCAUAGCUAUGUGGAUUGAGUGCAUUUGUGUAUGAAGUAUAAGUAUACUGUGGUUGAAUGUCAAGUGGGGUUAAACCAGUAUGUGGGCCAGCCUCCUCAGCUGGCACAGAUCCCCCACAACUCAACGACAGAGAAGAUCCGAUCAGUGUUGAAACGGUUAAUCUAAUGCCGCGCUCAGUUGUGUGGAAGGGAAUCAUCGCACGCAAUACUAAUCCUCAGGCUUUAAGACAUAAAUAUUGACAGAGUGCUGACUGAUACAAUCACAACAAAUCUGUUUGGCCGUUUCCUGUGAAGUAACGGAUCUCCCAUAUCUGAGGUUUAAACUUACCACAAUUAAUAUUUAAUUUCAAUAAUUGACCCAUCUAGCAAAUGUCUGUAAUGUAAAAAUGAGCUUGUGUUAUUUUCUUGAAAUUGAUUGACUUGAAAACCUAAAUGUUAUACACAUUUAAAAUGCAUUGAUUUGCAGAUUUAAAGUUCACUUAUCCGGCUGAAUGGAUAAUCCAAAACCGUUCGUGGUUGCAUUGUUGUUACCAAACGAGAAUGACUCAUCCUUUCCCCUGAACAGGUGUUAAAGGUGAUGUAUUCUGAGACGUCUAUUGCCUGGAUAAUAGGCAUGUACUGUACAUUUUAUUGCUUUAUGGUAUUCUAGCAGUAUAUACAUUUUAUG